AUGAAAAUACUCGUUUCAAUUUCGAUAGUUUUCCUGCAAUUUGCAAGUAUCAUUGAAUGUACAUCGAGUCCAAUUCAACCAUUUGCAACAUAUCGUAAUGAAACUGAACUCAUCGAAAAUGUUGCUGAUUUGUGGUGGACAGUAGACGAUGUUCGAAUGGAGAUUACCUUCGAAUUACACGUCAGAACUACUGGAUGGAUUGCUCUUGGUAUUGGUUUAGCAGAAGAUGUGACUAACAAUGCCGAUAUAGGUAUUGGUUGGAUUGAUACGAAUGGAAAAUUAUAUUUCGAAGAUCGGCACAGUUCUGGUUUUGUACUACCAAUUAAAGACCCAACAACACAAGAUUGGUUUGGUUUGCAAGGUCAAGAAGAAAACAAUUGGACAGCAAUUCAAUUCAAGCGAGCAUUAGAUACGAAAGAUAAUAUGGAUCUUCCAAUUCAAUCGGGAACUAAUGUUGUUCUCUUUGCCUAUGGACUUAUUGAUCCAAAUCCUGACAUAACAUAUCAUGAAGAUCGUCGCAUUACACGCAUGUUUCCUCUCUGGAAACCCUAG